UACUGCUGCAGCCAGGUCUCGUGAAAGAGUUGAGUCAGACGAAAGCAAGUGUCUAACCAGUGUUCCAAUGAACAUACUUUCCCUGGGAAUUUGCUCUCUUUUCUGAACAUUAGAACUAGACUAGAACUUCAAUUUGGAUUUCCCUCUCAUCCCAGCUGUCGGAACUGCUACGGAGUGACGUUUCCAUCAACUUUACGGAGCCAGCCAUAUUGUUGUUGCCCGCAAAGUACCAGAGGAAACUGCCGCCUCGCCACUGACACAAGCAAAGUGUAAAAGGUGUCAAAUCUGGAAUUUCUUUGGAAGGAUACAAGUGACUCCAACUUUACUGGCAUACGUUGUCUUUCGGAGGUGACGGCCUGAAAGAUGGUGGACCGGCUGGCGAACAGCGAGGCCAACUCCAAGCGCAUCCAGGUGGUGGAGGGCUGCUUCGGCACGGCGGGCCAGCCCCUGGCCAUCCCGGGCCGCGUGCUGAUCGGCGAGGGCGUGCUGACCAAGCUGUGCCGCAAGAAGCCCAAGGCGCGCCAGUUCUUCCUCUUCAACGACAUCCUGGUCUACGGCAACAUCGUCAUCCACAAGAAGAAGUACAACAAGCAGCACAUCAUACCGCUCGAGAGCGUCACCAUAGACACGGUGGGCGACGAGGGCGAGCUGCGCAACGGCUGGCUCAUCAAGACGCCCACCAAGAGCUUCGCCGUCUACGCCGCCACGGCCACCGAGAAGUCCGAGUGGAUGAGCCACAUCGGAAAGUGCGUGACGGACCUGCUGGCCAAGAGUGGCAAGGCGCCCACGGGCGAGCACGCCGCCGUCUGGGUGCCCGACUCUGAGGCCACGCUCUGCAUGCGCUGCCAGAAGGUCAAGUUCACGCCCCUGAGCCGCCGGCAUCACUGCAGGAAGUGCGGCUUCGUGGUGUGCGGCCCGUGCUCCGAGAAGAAGUUCCUGCUGCCAAGCCAGUCCUCCAAGCCCGUGCGCGUCUGCGAGUUCUGCUUCGAGCAGCUGUCGCUCGGCACACACGGUGGAGGCGGCCUCCACGCGAGUUCUCGGUCCCUCGACGCCUAUGGCCGCUCCAACAUGUCCGACGACGAUGACGAUGACGACAGCAGCGAUUGAGCAGAGACUCGUAAUGUAGCGUGACGUGACACGACGUGGCGAGACGCCACAUAACAGCGAUCUGAGAUGCGGUCUCAAACCUUCCCCCCCCCUCGUCUCACCUCGACUCAAUUCAUUGUCCUUUACUUUACUCUACCACACCUCACACACACUCUUGCCCCCCCUCCCACGCCCCCAUCCAUAGGCCUCGUCCAGCCUGAAAGCCCAUGGCAACCUCUUAACGUCCACGCGGAGCUCUCCCCACUGAACUCUGAACCCUCGAGAAUCCCUCCAUUCCAUGACAUUUAUCAACACGAUGCUCUUGCAAACACCGCUCCCCAUUUUGAUUUUUUUUUUCUUUUUUUUAACUGGACUGCUCUCAGACCUGCAAUGUCCCACCAUCCCAAUUCUACCCAAACACAUAAUAAAUGACUAGUGAGUUUUUUUAAAGGCAUGCCACAGCUGUCAUGGUGCAUAGCCUCUCUAGUCUGGCUCUAGUCUAGUUCUGGACUGGGUCUAGUCUUGCUCUGGUCUGGUUCUAGUCUAGGUUUAGUCUGGACCUAGCCUGGAUCUAGUUCUAGUUUUAGUCUAGGUUGUUGCUUUGAUACAUAAAGGUGAAACACUAGGUGAAUGCCUCUAAGUGGCUUCUCGUCGCAUCGCGUCUGGUCAGGUCAGGCCUGCACGGCUGCUGUUGGUGCUGCAUCUGUUUCCUCUGCAGCCAGCGGUCCGAUCCGCUUCACUUCGCCAGGCCGAG